AAGGCAUCAUCACAUCACACACCCAGUUCCUCCCUCCCUCCUUGCUACAGCCAGCCAGCCAGCCACAAUGGCCUCCCCUUGCGUCGCUCGCACCGCGCGAUGCCUGUCCGCCUCAGCCCGCCGCCCUCUUGCCCGCCAAACAACAACAACAGCAGCAGCAUCAUCAACACCAGCCUCGUCCUCUUCGCUGAGGGCGACGAACAACAGCAGCAGCAGUAGCAGCAGCAACAAAAGAGCCUACCACUCACACGAGCACCCGCCGUCGCCGCCCUUUGGCCCCGUCGACCGCGACAUCCUGGCCGCCGCCUACAAGCACGUCCCCGAGCACGGCUUCUCCCUGCGCGCCAUCGGCCUCGGCGCCCGCGACGCCGGAUACCCCGACAUCAGCGCCAGCGUCCUGCCCGACGGCCAGUUCAGCCUGAUCCGCUACCACCUGGUCGCGCAGCGCGAGAGGCUGGCCGCCAGGAGCCGCGAGGUGCUGCUCAAGGACGAGGCGCCGCUCUCGGCCGCCGGCGUCGGCGAAAAGGUCGCUGCCCUGACGUGGGAGCGGCUGAUGGGCAACAAGGACGUCAUACACAGGUGGCAGGAGGCCCUGGCUGUCAUGGCUCAGCCCAGCUACCUGCCCAAGUCCCUGGCCGAGCUGGCCGCCCUGUCCGACGACAUCUGGUUCCUGGCUGGCGACAAGGCCGUCGACCCGUCGUGGUACACCAAGCGCGCGGCCCUCUCCAUGGUCUACAGCUCAAGCGAGCUCUUCAUGACCAACGACAGGUCGCCCAACUUCCUCGAGACGAGACAGUUCCUGCACCGAAGGCUGGGCGAGGUCCAGUCUGUGGGGAGCACCCUCGGGUCCGUAGGCCAAUGGGUUGGCUUCACGCUCAAUGCUGGCGUAAACGUCUUGAGAAGCAAGGGCGUUCCUAUCUGA